AUGUGGAAAGCGGGAUUGUUGGCCACUGUUUCCGCAGUGUCCGAUGGCGAUGUGCGCUUGGCAGGAGGGAAUACCGAUGCCGGCCGUGUGGAGGUCUUCCAUCUCGGCAAGUGGGGUUGGAUUUGUGGCAACAAUGAGUGGGAUACAGCGGCAGCAGAGGUGGUUUGCCGGCAACUGGGAUUGCGUAAAGGGCUGAGUAUAAUGCGAAUGCCCAAUGGACCCCAAGAGAAUAUCUCGGGCAUCCGAAACGCUCAGUGCAAAGGUACCGAGAAGGACCUGCUGAACUGCCAAAUUGAACUGAGCUUCAAUGGCAGCUGUUUGGAAUCCGAGUUUGGAGCAGUAGGAGUGAGAUGUACAAACUUUUUACCUGAGGAGCAGCCUCCUGUGGUGUUUCCGGCAAAUUUUACGUGGCCCUUGCAGGCAGAGCAGCGCUUGUUCUGCCAGGACCCGACAAAUGGUGAAAGUGAGGCACUGCCCACUUUUCAUUGCAGUGUACUCCACGAAGAAGGCAUUUGUGGAGCAAAUGAUGCUCCCAAUCCAUUCCUGGACUCCCUGGAUGCCUUUGUUUUCAAGGAGCCAAUGAAGGCUUACUUAGCACUUGCUGGCCAACAGCGCGAGGCAUUCAAUGUAUCUGCGGCCAGCGCCACUUGGCGUGCUGUUGGCUUCGAGCUGAAGAACUCAGCAGAGGUCGGAGCAUUACGCCGUGGAUUUCUCUCACCACUGGGACGUUUGCUCUUUGAUUUGGACUUUGAUUUGAUGAACCGAAGGAAGUUGCACCCGCUGGAGCCAGGUGCCGCACGUUUGUUUUCGGCACUGGAAGCGUAUGGAGCGGUGGAGCUGGAAGAUCUGGGCUUGCCCCGAAGUAUCCAGGAGCAAGCCUUGCAAGCCCUCGGCGAAGUCCGCGCACAGCAAGAAGGCAACAUGCUGGCUGCCGCACGGCCGAAGCUGCCCGAACUCGAGCAUUGGCUUCACAACUCGACGCUCAGUGCAGCGGUGGCUGCCUACUUUGGUGGUCAUGCUAUGCUGCACGGCUACAAGGUGGUGCAUUUGCCCUCCAAGUUCACGACAAAAGAUUUUGUGGCUGCGCACUGGCACCACGAUCGGACUGGGCACAGACUGAAACUGCUGAUUCGUUUGAAUGACGUGGAUCCACUGGAAGGGCAUCCAACCCAAGUGGCAUUGGGAUCGCAUCGCUUAUCUUUCUACUGGCAUGAGGAGUUCGAGCAAUCUCGUUAUGAGGAGGUUUACGUGCAGAAAGAGUUCCACACAGUUCGCUUGGCCGGGAAGAGGGGAACUGGCUUCCUCUUUGACACCAACAGCAUCCACAAGGGCACACCUGAAGGAUCUCAUGACCGAGACGUCAUUGUUGUCGAGUACCACCAAGCUGCCAAGUGCGGUGUCAUCUCCCAACUGCGGCUGAACCUGCCAUGCCCGAGUGGUGACCAGAGGCCUUUGAAUUGGUACUUUCGUCUGACAGACAAGUCCAUUCAGUGGAUGCCCCAUGCCGCUGUCGCAGUCUUUGAGUCAGAUGCUUCAUAUUCCCGCGCCUCCGCACCCCGCUCGGCGGGUGGCAUCCGGCAGCAGUUCUCUCUGCCGGUGAAUGUGGAGCUGUCGCUCUAUGGCGUAGACUUCCUGAAACACAAACUGCAUGACCUUUGCGAAGGAAUUGAUGUAGAUGCGGAUGUGCAGUUUAAGGAGAAUGGCUACCUCCUGCUGGCCACUCCUGAAGGAGAGGCGGCAUUGAGAGAAAACCAUGCGGUGCAGCAGGGUUGUGGUGCGUCUUGGAUCCGGCUGAUGGAUCCCAAAGAGCUGCGCACGAGGUUCCCUUGGCUCUGUACAGAUGGAGUUGCACUGGGCUCCUUUGGUGAACGCAAUGAGGGCUAUUUCGACCCCUGGGCAUUGCUUCAGGCCAUGCGUAAAGCUGCCAUGGCCAGAGGUGUUGAGUUUAUCGAGCAGUCCGUGACGGGCAUUCAGGUGUCCAAGAACCAUAUCGAGGCCCUUACUCUCGGCGAUGGCACCAGAGUCUCUGUGGCAACGGUCGUAAACGCUGCAGGCGCGGGGAAGCGCUUUGAGGUGCAGAUGUGCGGCGAUGUGACCCCACUACCAGUGGUGCCACGCAAGCGGUGCAUGUUUCUCUUCCAUGUGGGCCAAGAGGUGACCAGUGACGGGACGCCUCGGCCACCAGACAACACCCCGCUCACCAUUGAUGCGAGUGGUGUGUAUUUUCGUCAGCAGCUGAACGAACGUGUGCGAAGGUGCGGUGUGAGCCCCAAGCCAGAGGACGACCACGACUGCGAUGCCGAUGCAGUCGACCACGUGGAUUACGAACUCUUCGAGGAUGUGAUUUGGCCAGCUUUGGCGGAGCGAGCUCCGGCUCUGGAGGCCAUUAAGCUGGAAUCCUCUUGGGCCGGGCUCUACGAGUACAACACACUGGACCAAAAUGGUGUGGUGGGGUGGCAUCCAGAUGUGUCCAAUCUUUUGAUCGCUUGUGGCUUCAGUGGCCACGGCCUUCAGCAGGCGCCGGGCGUUGGCCGCGCUGUUGCAGAGCUGAUCUCCUUCGGUGGGCCAUUGAUGAAGAAGAGACAAAAGGACAUGAAGAAGAGCGAGCUUGCAGCCGAUACGGCUGAGAAGUCUUUUGAAGCAGUCAGAAAAGAGCUCAAGUCCAAGAGGAGCACCAUCAAGAAGGCAAGCGUGGACCUUCUCAAAACAGCCAAGGUAAUUUGUGCUGAAGGAAAGAUGGUGGACAAGAUGUCCAGGAAGAUGUGGGAGCUGUUUCAGUCAACCCUGAAGAAGAAGAUCCGGGACGCGCUGUCUUUGAAGAAGGAGAAUGACUACCAGCUACCACUGGGACAAGUGCCCAUUCUGCUCAACAAUGUGGAGCCCGAGUUGCUGGACCAGGUGCGCAAGUCGCUGGGCGAGAUGGUGACCGCACUUUCUUCAUCUACAGACGAUGAUGAUGACGAGGUCCCGCCACUGUCACGCAAAGUUGCUUGCAAACGUGCCGUGAUUUUGUGUGUCUGCGACUUGCAGAGCAUGCCAGAGGCGGAGCAGAAUGAAGACGAGGAGGAGAAAGAGGGCUGCGCGGAGCCGGCCGUGGACUCGCGCAGGGCCAUUGUAGUUGACGCUGUCGACUACACCAUUGCCCGGCGCGUUGAAUCGUGGAACAGCCGGCGCCAGCCUGGGAAGACCGAGAUUGAACUAUCCCGUCCUCAGCUUGUUCACCUUUGGAAGAAGUCCAACACGCGCGGUGGAGACUUCAAGCAGAAGCGGAUGAAUCAUGUCUCUUCUGCGACUUUGUCCUAUGAACACACCAGCUGCCAACUGACACUGAUGCUGAAUGUCGUUGCCGGGGAAGCCAAUGAUGUGGAUCCUGAGUAUCCGGGCACCUCUGUGGAACGGCUUCGAAACAUUCAGGCGCGUGUGAAAAGCUUGAGCGUGGAAGAUCUCAGCAAAGAUUGGGAAGAGGUGAGGCGGACAAUCCUUUGGGCUGGAGGUUUGAAGGACUUGCCACACAGCCAACCUGGACAGGGAUACACUGGACACUCCUUCAAUGAUGACAACCAUUGUGAUUUGACGCCCAUGCUGGGGGAUGUCGCCCACAACCUCCACGGCGGGGAGAUCCGCGGAAUUGCGAUGGGAAAUCGAUUAGGUCCGGGUAUUGAGAUUGCUAGCUUGCCAGAGUUAGGGCCCGGAGGUUCUUGGAGCACCUGCACGAAUGGCUGCCACCUGGAUCCACCUCAGGACGUGGCUCACGUGCAAUUUAGGUCGCGCAUUGCCUUCAAAUUGGUUUGGGCACCACCGGACUUCAACAGCUUUGUCCUGGUGGAUGAUGGUGGUGAACUCUUGAACCAAGGGCGUCCCAAAGGCGACUUGCCAGACCUGCGUAUGCGCCGUGGCAACUAUGCGCUGGUGAAGGGCAGCAAGUAUGCGCGAGAAGCUGAUCGGUUGUUUGAGAAAGUCUCUGGUGGAUGA